AUGAGGGUCAGCAGAAACUCCCGCUCCCUGUGGGCCUGGUGGGAGCCCGCACUGGGAGACAAGGGCAUGAACUGGCUUGCCCACCGCUGCCCUCCACCCCCCCGCUCCCUGCUCACGGCUCUCCACCUCUUGUCCGCAGGAGUCGUGCCCCUGCUGCUGGUUCUGCACUGGAAACACGGGGCCGGGAGCCCCCUUCCCAUCACCCCGGUCAAUGCCACCUGCGCCACCCGCCAUCCCUGUCCCAGCAACCUCAUGAACCAGAUCAGAAACCAGCUGGGACAACUCAACAGCAGUGCCAACAGCCUCUUUAUCCUCUAUUACACGGCCCAGGGGGAGCCCUUCCCCAACAACCUGGACAAGCUGUGCAGCCCCAACGUGACCGACUUCCCGCCCUUCCACGCCAACGGCACGGAGAAGGCCCGGCUGGUGGAGCUGUAUCGCAUCAUCGCGUACCUGGGCGCCUCCCUGGGCAACAUCACGCGGGACCAGAAGGUCCUCAACCCCUACGCCCACGGCCUGCACAGCAAGCUGAACGCCACGGCUGAUGUCCUGCGGGGCCUGCUCAGCAACGUGCUCUGCCGCUUGUGCAGCAAGUACCACGUGAGCCAUGUGGAUGUGACCUACGGCCCUGACACCUCGGGCAAGGACAUCUUCCAGAAGAAGAAGCUGGGCUGUCAGCUCCUGGGGAAGUACAAGCAGGUCAUUGCCGUGCUGGCUCAGGCCUUCUAG